ACUUCAUACAAGCGGUGAAACUGCUUUCUGAAAGCUCCGAAAUCAGCGGCAGAGCCGUUUAACUCAGUCCGAAUCUCACUCGAGUUCACAUUUUGACAACACACAGAAGAGACGAGUAUUCCGAGAGUGACCACAGCAGAGGAAAUGCCAGACCAUACAGAGGAAUUCACCAACAAGCCCUUCGCAACUCAGUUGUCAAAUGUUUACCUCAGCAUCUUGGCACUGUUCUGCUUUAAGCUCUUUGUUAAGAUCUCUCUUAACUUGCUGACAUACUUCUACAUUGUCCGUGGGAAUCGCAAAGAGGCUGCCAGGAUAUCAGCAGAGUUCUAUGAUUAUGGUCAACAACACAGAUCCUGGGCGGACCGCUCACCCCUCCACGAUGCUGCCAGUCAGGGCCGCCUCCUGGCCCUGAGGACCCUCAUUUUACAGGGUCACAAUGUGAAUGUUCUGACUAUAGACCAUGUAACACCCCUUCACGAGGCCUGUCUUGGAGACCACGUUGCGUGUGCCAGAGCACUCAUUGAUGCAGGAGCAAAUGUCAAUGCUUCUACGAUUGAUGGAGUCACCCCCCUGUUCAAUGCCUGUACAGUGGGCAGCGUGGCAUGCACGGAAAUUCUUCUGGAAAAUGGAGCAAAACCCCAGAGUCUUGUGUACCAACCUUCUCCAAUACAUGAAGCAACCAGCAAAGGUCAUUAUGGUUGUGUAGAGGCUCUGGUGACUUGGGGGGCAGAUGUGGACAUGGACAUUCCUCAUCUGGGCACAGCACUAUACACAGCCUGCAUCUGCCAAGAGCUUGAAUGUGCCAGGAAACUCCUGAGGGAAGGUGCAAAUGUACAGAAAGGCAAAUCCCUGGAUUCACCCUUACACGCAGCUGCAGAAAAAGACUGCACAGCUGUAGUAAAGUUGCUGCUGGACUUUGGUGCAGACAUUAAUGCCAGGAACACAGAGUUUCAGAGGCCUGUGGAUGUGGCUCCACCCAGCAGUCUUACAGAGGGCUUUCUACUGCUUUAUGAAGCUACGCCACGGCUGCUUAGCCAGUUGUGUCGUCAGUGCAUCAGAAACUGCGUUGGCCGCGACAGACUCCACCUUCUUUCCCAUCUUCCCCUGCCUAACAGGCUCAAGAGCUUCCUGCAGUACCAAUAACAGGACGACCAAACUGUCUGCCUAAAUGGGACUUACAGGAAGAAGCCUUGGACAUCAAAAAAAUUACAUCAAUUCCACACACUGCUCCUAACUUUAAUUUUAGCUUCCAGUCAAUCCAGUAAAAGCAAUUAAUUUGAAUUAGCCACACAGCCGAGUCGCUGACUGUACCAGCUGCUGCUGAGCUGGCCUGAUUCCCAUGUGAGGAUGUGUGGACCUGGAUGAAUGUAUAGCAGAAUGCUGCUAAAACAAACUUCCAGGCGUAGUUUUCCCUGGGGUUAAUUAUGUUUAAAUAACAUUAAUGAUAAAUAUUUUAUUUUCUGUUCUGCAGUGUUUAGAAGAUACCUUCAUAGUCGCCAGUGAGUGAUGCACUUUCAAAAACAAAUUUCAUAAAAGAUAAGAAUGUCAUGUAAAUGUACACUAUACACUGUAUGUGAAUGAAUUUUCAUUGUUUAAUA